CAUUCCGAGGUGAUGCCCUGAUGUGUCCAGAAUGCAGGACUACAAACUCAUUAUCCUGCAUCGGGAACAACGUGACGUGUCAGAAGAAUUAUCUAUGUGCCACGUCCUACACAGAGAUGGUGAACGGUGACGGAACCUCAUCAUCGGAGCUUAUCCUCUCAUGUGCGCCGAUCAGUCAGUGCAACCAUACAGGGAAGAUCAGCCUCCCUACCGGGAAGAUGUGGAUGUCCACCUCAUGUUGUAGUUCUGACAACUGUACAUCCCCCAUUGUCCCAGCGCCAUCUUUCAGUUCACAGCCCAAUGAGUUGAUGUGUCCCAGCUGCCAGGCGCCUGAUUCGGACUAUUGUUACACGGGCGAUACCUCACCAUGCUAUGGGGACGAGAAUGUCUGCGUUCUACAUGUUACAACAAGAGACGGCAGGAGCUCCUCAUUCCGGGGUUGCGCUGUGCAGAGCUCUAUAUGCGGGACUCAUCAGGUAUACAGUGUGAACGGAAGCGCCAUCACCCACGACCUGACCUGCACUUGUGGAGGAACUCUCACACCCACAAAAUGUUCUGACACCAAUGUCACCUGCGCUGCGGGCACCGUCUGUGCCACUGUCCGGGCCGUCACUACUAUAGGUGACGCCAGCUCUGAAAGAUUUACCAAAACGUGUUCCCCAAUAAACCAAUGUGGUGUAUCCGGAACUGCGAGUAUCCCCAAGGGCAAGAUGAAGAUAAUGACUGUGUGCACCAUGGAGAGCUGCACUUUACCCUUCCCUGAGUUUCCAAAUGAGAAAACCGACGUUAACGGCGUCACAUGUCGGAAGUGCAUAUCGGCAGAAUCUGACUGCUACACCGCAGAAACGAUGCAAUGUACUGGGGAUGAGCGCGCCUGUCUGCUACAGAGUACAGAACUCACCGGAAAAACCAAAGCCUCGGUAGCCAUGCGGAGUUGCACCACAAAGAACAUCUGUGACCUCACCAGGCAGGACUACACCGUGGACGGAAUAACGUCAGCCACGAAAUUCACCUGCACCAGCGGGACAGGUUCGAUGUGCAGAAGCCUCGUCCCCCUGUCUGUGGUCUCUCUACUCAUCCUGAAAUAUCUGACUAGAUAAGGACCCCGGGAGUAGAACCAAAAGGAUUUUGGGGAGAUUUAUCAAAACCUGUGCA